AUGCUAGCACUGCUGCUCUUGGCCGUGUUUUUUGCCGCCCUGGGAGCAGCGGCGCUGGCCCAUGACCCGGUUCAGGGCGUUGGGAUGUCUGGAGCAGCUCCUGCAGCCUAUGUGGAGCGCCUUGUGCUGGCCGCCAACCACACGCCCCAGCCGCUGCCGCUGCCGCCGCCCGCCGGCGCGCUGCCACAGCUGCCAGAGGGCACAGAGGGUAGUUCAGCCAUCAUUGGCACUGCGGCAGCGGCGCUGGUGCUGUGCGCCUUGUGGCUCACCAGGCGGGAUCAGCAGGCGCAGCGGCGGCGGCGGCCGCCGCCGCGGGAGCAGCAGCAGCAGCCGGAGCAGCAGGCAGAGCGUGCCAGCAAGGCGCGGCAGGCGCUCUGCCGGCGGCUGGACAGCCGGGAGCUGUCCAUGCUGUCGCCCUUUGCCUCAGCCGCAGCAAGUGGCGCAGCAUUUGAUGACGCUGGCGGUGCAGCGAUGGAUGGCAGCAGCCUGGCGCUGCAAACUGCGCCGACAGUCCUCAGCAGCGGCGCCAGCGCUGGAGACCAGCACAGCAGGCCAGCAUCGCAGCUGCUGCACGCCGUUGUGCCGCUUCUCGGCAGCAAGCAGGCGUGUGGUGCCAGCUGCGAGGUGCCAGCGCCGCGUCCACCGCCGCACCCUGCCACUACCGCCGACACGCAGGCGGGAGCUAAAGCCUUUGCCGCCGCCGCCACCCAGCCGCCGUCUCCACCUGAGCUGGAUGGCAUCCUGAGGCAGGCGGGCAGCAGCACGGCAUGGCCGCCCCUGGCACCCCGUCGCCGCACUGCCACCACGGUUUGCUCCCUGUCGCUCAGCGACAGCAGCACCAGCAUCACAGCGCCCAUCCCCAUCCCGCGGCCCGCCAGGCAGCAGCCCGAGGCUUUCCAGCGUGGCACCGCAUCCGCCCCGCUCAGCAGACGCAGCAGCACGCUGACGAGCAGCGCCGGCUUCGGCAGCACCUGGCACAGUGGCAGCGGAGGCCCCCUGGCUGAGCUGGUGCAGCACGUGGAGCGGCAGGAGGCGGCCACCGGGCCUCAGCACCCGGCCUGCCUCGACCGCCCUUCCUCCCACCGCCUGGACUGCCCAGCCGCCCUGCCCCCUCACCUGCGCGAGUGGCUGGUGGAUGCGGAUGCCGUGUCCUAUUUGCAGCACCCCAGCGGCGCGCUGCAGGAGCUGGGCAGCGGCUCCAGCGCCCGUGUGUUCAAGGCGCUAUUCAACGGCGAGGUGGUGGCGGCCAAGGAGAUUGACAUCGGGGCGGGCGCCGAGAUGCAGCAGGCGUUCCUCACGGAGGCGGAGCGUCUGCAAGCCCUCAGGCAUCCAAACAUCGUUGGGCUGAUGGGCCUGGCUCUGACCGAGUCCAAGGGCGUCGUGCUGCUGGAGUUGUGCGAAGGCCGCGACCUGCAUUCUGCGCUGGACGUGAAGGCAGCCGGCAGCGAUCAGCGCCUGUUCAGCUUUGGCAAGAAGGGGCGGCGGGUAGCCUUUGAGGUGGCCAAAGUGCUCAACUACCUGCAUUCCCGGGGCGUGAUGCAAAUGGACCUCAAGAGCGAGAACAUCCUGCUCACAGCCUCGGGAACCGCCAAGCUCGCCGACGUCGGCUUCUCUCGGAACCGCGCCGUGGCGGCGGAUGACACGCCGCUCAGGGGCACCUUCUCCUGGCUUGCCCCCGAGCUGCUGCUGGGCGGCGCCUGCACCCCUGCUGUGGAUGUCUGGGCCUUUGGCGUGCUGUGCUGGCAGCUGGUCACGGGGGAGCACCCGCAGCGCGGCGCCAUGCGGGCGCCACGAGUGCCGGAGGAGUGCCCUCAAUCGGUGGCCGACCUGAUCCUGGAGUGCAUGAGCGAUGACCCGUGCGACCGCCCCAUCGCCAAGGAUCUGCUGCAGCGGCUGGGCCGGCCGCUGCACAGCAGCGUGUCGCUGCAGGCGCUCAGCCGGCUGUCGCUGGACAAGCAGCGCAGUGUGUGA